AUGACUAACCAAAUUCUCCUCAAGCCUGAGACUGACGACACGAUCAACCGAGUUCUCCUCAUACCUGAGACUGACGACACAGCCCACCAAGUUCAGCCUGCAAAGUUCAUGGAGAACGAUGCUCAGACUCUCUGUGUGACUGAGAACGCUGCUCAGCCACCCUGUUCUACAGAGGUUUCUUCACCUCCUGUUGCAACCAAGAGCUCCAUUUUGCUUCCCUACUCUGCCGUGGAUGCCACUACGCCAAGGUUCUAUAUGGACGUCGCUCCAUUUUCCCAUGUCACUGAGGACAUCGUUCUGCCUUCCUGCUCCGCUGAGGACGUCGCUCUGCCUUUCUGCUCUGCUCAGGCCAUCGCUCCACCUUCCUGCUCCACUUAG